GCAGCAGCUGUGAGGAUCCGCAGCCGGACAUGUGACCCGGUCCACAGGAAGAAGAGUCACACCGAGGUUCCUCCUGCGGUCCUCAACCCAAGUCCAGCCGACUCUCUGACACUCCUCUCGGCAUGCCUUGCUGCGACCCGCUCGGCCUCUGUCAGUACCAAACCAGCAAGCUGGUCCGGAUCCAGAGCGUCCGGCUCGGUUCGCUCAAAUGGAGCCUGAACGGGGCGAUCCUGCUGUUUAUCUGCAUCAUGAUGCUGUGGAACAGGAAGUACCAGGAGUUUGACCUGGUGGUGAGCUCCGUCACCACCAAGGUGAAGGGUGUGGCUCAGACUCACCUGACGGGGGUCGGGAACUUGUUGUGGGACGUGGCCGACUACAGCGGCUCCUCUCAGGACAGAAACUCCUUCUUUGUGAUGACCAACGUUAUUGUGACAAAGAAUCAGAAGCAGGGAAAAUGUGCAGAGGUUCCCUCUAAAGGCCGGCUGUGUCGCUCGGAUCAGGACUGUGAGGAAGGAGCCUGGGACCAGCAGAGUCACGGGAUUCAGACCGGAUCCUGCAUCAGGUUUGAUGUGAUGAAGAAAACCUGUGAAGUUUCUGCUUGGUGUCCGAUUGAAACCCAGACAAACCCUCCAAGACCUGCUCUGCUGGCAGCAGCUGAAAACUUCACCGUCCUCAUCAAGAACAACAUCAGAUUUCCAGCCUUCAACUUCAUCCGUCGGAACAUCCUCCCUCAGAUGAACGACGCCUACCUGAGGAGCUGCCACAGAGCCAACGACUCGCUCUGCCCCAUCUUCCGACUGGGAGACAUGGUGCGAGAGGCCGGGGAGAAGUUCUCCGACAUGGCUGUGGAGGGGGGCGUCAUCGGCAUCCAAAUCAAAUGGGACUGCAACCUGGACCGGUUGAUGCAGCGCUGCCUCCCCAGAUACUCCUUCAGACGGCUGGAUGAGAGGGAGAGCAACAAGACGCUUUACCCCGGACUCAACUUCAGGUUUGCGAAGUACAACACGGUGAACGGCGUGGAGGAGCGAACGCUCUACAAAGCCUUCGGGAUCAGAUUCGACAUCAUGGUGUUCGGACAGGCGGGGAAGUUCAGCUUCAUUCAGCUCAUCGUCUACAUCGGGUCAACGCUGUCGUACUACGCUCUGACGACGGUGUUGAUCGACUGGCUGCUGGAAACCAGCUGCUAUUCUGCAGACGUCGGACAGAACUACUCUGAGAGGAAAGUGGAGUCGGUCCCGGACUCGCAGCAGUGCAUCCUCUGCGUGUCGUACGUCGAUGAAGAGAAGCUGCGGCUGGUCAAGAGGUCGCGCAAGAAGAGUCUCCAAAACAUAAAACCCAUGUCGGUUCUGCCACGCAAGGACUCGGGACACCUGAGAGCCGCUCUCUGUCUCCUGCAGCCGGACGUCAACGCGGACGCUCAGCCUCCCCAGGACCAGAAACCGACCUCUGACCCCAAACGGCGCCAGCCAGGCUGGUGUAAAUGCGGCUGCUGCACUUCCUCUGCCCUCCCCCAGGAGGAGCUGUGCUGCAGGCGGAGCGACGGCGCCUGCAUCGCCUCGUCUCCUCCGUUCAGGCGGCUGGUGUUGGACCGCUGGCUGCUGCAGGCCGUCCUGCUCUACCAGGACCCUCUGUCUCCCCCUGCUGGCGGGGCGCAGCCCGCCGCCCUGCGCCACUGCGCCUACAGGCAGUUCAUCAGCUGGAGGUUUGGGUUUCCUCCUGAUGACUCCCACCCUGUCAUCCCCAGCUGCUGCGUCCAGAGGAUCAGGGAGGAAUAUCCCAGUCCAGACGGACGCUACAGCGGCUUCAGGCCCGUCAGAACCGUCUCUGUCCCGACCCGAAACAACAGGGAGCUCUGAAACACAGAUACUAACAGCUUUCUGUUACUCUGAGAUACUAAAAAGAAGAAAUGUGUCAAGUUUGUUCAGUUUAGUGAAAAACUUCACAAAGCGAAUAAAUAAUUUUGUC